UGAGAGAAUUUAAAGCUUAUUCUUCUGUGUUUGAGUUGCGAGAAUUUCCAGGUAAGUUUGCCUAAAAUGAGUGGGAGAGUUUUGAUCUUUUGGGUAAAAAGUACGCGUUUUAUGGAAAUUAAUGUUUGGAUUUCUAGUUUUUUGUUUAAAUUUUUAUCGACAUUUUAGUGAUUCGAGUUUAUUAUUUUGUUGAUUAACAAUGUUGUCAUUAACGGCCUUUUUCAGAGAAUGUUCUUGUUUUUUUAGGUUUUUAGCUGUUUUGUCUUUAUUUUUUAAGUCAACAUAUACCCAAAAAAUCCUCUCUCGCUUUCUUAAAAUUUCACCCCACCCCUUCCCUCCCCUUUCCCAUUCUCUCAUACAAACGGCGCGCACCUUCUCGAGUUUUGUUUUGUUUGGAGGGCCAGUGCUCCUGUUAUUCUUUUUCCAUUUAUUCAAAAGUCUUUUCCUUCAAAACCCUCCCCUCCUCCUCCCAACAACUACCAACAAAAAUAUCCACCCCCCCCCCUUCCAAAUAAUUCAGUCCCGAAAAAAAUUUUUUUGA